UGACUGUUUACUACCCAAAUGAUUUUUAUUACUGGUGAAAGGCUCCUUUGCGUGGAUUAUUUUGCAAUGUUGCUCCAUAUUGUUCAAUUUAAUACUCUUUUACAAGUGGCAGAAUGAAAGACCUUGUUCUUUUAUUACUUUCCACUUCUUUAUUGCCUUAUGUUAAUAGUUCUCUGAUAAGGACAGCGGCCUUUGCCCAGUCAUAUGAGAACAGUACAUAUACUGCAUCAGGUGCUUGAACAGCAUAUGCUAAAUCUGCUCUGAAUGAUUGACUGACUCAUGGCCAGUAGGCAGUCUGCAUUUAUCUGGUAGUUGUUAAUGUACAAGCAGACUGGGAGGGGUGGCCUUGUGUGCAAAUGAGGUCUGAAUCCUUCCUGCCUGUUUGCUCAGACUUGUGUUGUAACUCUCAAGAGCCUGGUAUACAAAUUAUAUCCUGUAUCUGUUUAGCAAUGGUAAAGAGUUUGGUAUAAAACGUUUGUGGAGGUAAGAGCUUUCAAGCACAGAAAGUUUGAAUCGUCAUCUGAGAAGUACGAAAAUGGCUGAGCACAGUGCACAACCACAAGGCUCCAAUAAGAUUAAUCAAGUACAGGAGCAGGUCAAUGAUGUCAAAGUUAUCCUCAAAGACAACAUAAACAAAGUGUUGGAGAGGGGAGAGAAGCUAGAUGACCUAAUUGGGAAAACAGAUGAUCUGCAGGCAACUGCUGACUCAUUUCAAAGGACAUCUGCACGUGUUUCCAGAAAGUAUUGGUGGAAAAAUAUCAAAAUGAUGAUUAUAAUCGGAGUGGUUUUGUUCAUCAUUGUUUUGCUUAUCAUUCUUUUGGCAACUGGAGUCAUUCCCUCAUAAUAAAUCAAAUGUAAUUAAGUGGAAGUUGGGUUAUCACCUGUAUUUAUGCUGUUUUUGUCUGUUAUCUGUACUUUGGGAGAAAACACAUUCAGAAAAAUGUCAUGUAAAUAGGAUGGAAAAUGUUUUACUGUGUAAAAAUGUACAUUAUCAGAUAAAUAGUAAACGGAACCACUAAGGUUGAUUAGCUUGAGAUUAUAAAUGGACAUUUAAUUCUUAUGUUUACAAGACUGAAUAUCACCAGUUUAAAUCAAGCCUCCUCUGGACCUUUGAAACCAUAUAGUGGUUGUAGUUUAUAUAACAAAUGAUUACAUUUUUGUGAAGGGUAAAGAUAGAGGAGGAAGUAUGUUUAUGAUUGUGUUUAGUAUUUUGGACUCCAUGUAUCCUAUUUAUGGGCCGACCUUUUUUCUGUUUUGGUAAUUCUUUGUUAAUUGUAAUGGUAUUGAUUUGUAUUUCAUAGUAUUCUAUUAAUUAUUUAGAUCUUCAUUUCUGCAUCUAACACUGAACUUUCUACAGAAAAUGAACUGUAUAAUCUUGAUGAUCUCACAUGAUUUGCUAAUUAGCAUGUAAAAUACUGAACACUGUACAAAUCAGUCUGCUCAUAAUAAAGAGACUCUGUGGCGUGCAUGUAA